CGCUGCCCACUGCUGCCGGUACCACCUGGGGCAACGGCACCUCCUGGGCCCCCCUGCCCGGCCACGGGGCCAACGACACGGGGCCGCAGCGGGCCAAGAAUGUCACCUCCAUCCUCAUCGCCAUCGUCAUCACCGCGCUUUACUCCAUAGUGUGUGUGGUGGGGCUGCUGGGCAACGUCCUGGUCAUGUACGGCAUCGUCAGGUACACCAAGAUGAAGACAGCCACCAACAUAUACAUCUUCAACCUGGCCCUGGCAGACGCGCUGGCCACCAGCACGCUGCCCUUCCAGAGCGCCAAGUACCUGAUGGAGACCUGGCCCUUUGGGGAGCUGCUCUGCAAAGUCGUGCUCUCCAUUGACUACUACAACAUGUUCACCAGUAUCUUCACCCUCACCAUGAUGAGUGUUGACCGCUACGUCGCCGUGUGCCACCCGGUUAAGGCCCUGGACUUCCGCACACCAGCCAAGGCCAAGAUCAUCAACGUCUGCAUUUGGGUGCUCUCCUCUCUCAUUGGGGUGCCCAUCAUGGCCAUGGCAGUCACCAAGUCAAAAGAUGGGAUGGUGCUGUGCACGCUCCAGUUUCCCGAUCCUCCCAUCUACUGGGACACUGUGACCAAGAUCUGCGUCUUCAUCUUCGCCUUCAUGGUCCCCAUCUUGGUCAUCACCAUCUGCUAUGGGCUGAUGAUCCUUCGCCUGAAGAGUGUCCGCCUCCUCUCGGGCUCCAAGGAGAAAGACCGCAACCUGCGGCGCAUCACACGCAUGGUGCUGGUGGUGGUGGCAGCCUUCAUCAUCUGCUGGACGCCCAUCCACAUCUUCGUCAUCGUCUGGACGCUGGUGGACAUAGACAAGAAGAACCCCUAUGUGGUGGCCAGCCUGCAUUUCUGCAUCGCCCUGGGUUAUACCAACAGCAGCCUCAACCCCGUCCUUUACGCUUUCCUGGAUGAAAAUUUCAAGAGAUGUUUCCGAGAGUUUUGCCUGCCUUUCCGAGCCCGCGUGGACCAGAACAGCUUCUCCCGUGCCAGAAACACCACGCGGGAGCAUGUCUCCACCUGCACCCCUUCUGAAGCCCGCAACAAGCCGGCAUGACUAGACGUGGGCAGCCUCCAGCGGGGCUGCC